GAGGAGCUGGAGACACAGGAAGUGAGUGCAGGGAGGAGAAUGGAGGCUGCAGGCUGAGAGAAGAGACCUCAGGACAAUACACAACAUGAGGGCCCCCAGGAGCCACCGCCAUAGCUAGCCCCUGUGACAGCAGACAGGUACAACAUUUGCAAUGUCUCAACGCUACUCAGAUCCAUCAGUGGGGGAGAAAUCUUUUCUUCUGUUGGAAAAAAAUAAAUAUUUGGACCUUAACACCACCUCAAAUUCUUCAGUACAAAAAAAGACUGUGAACGCCAUGGAUAACGCAUCUUAUGUUCCAGAUCAAAAUCCCUCCCCAGUACAGGCAUCCCGGAUUAUACUGAGCACAGAGAGUCCGGCUGCACAGAAGCUUGGAACCCAACAAAUGAUCCCAAAAGGCUUGGCCAUUGCCUCCAGAACCAAAGUCCCAAGGCAUCACACCAUUGCUACAUCAACCUUUAGCAAAGAAUUUAUCCGCAUUGACCCUAAGCGGGUGUCUACACCUGACAUCUGUAUAGACUCCCCAGAAGAUGAUCCUGAAGGUGGUGGGACAUUAAAAAGAAAUUUAAGGAACCAGUCUUACCGGGCAGCUAUGAAAGGGUUUAAGGAUGAUGAUUAUGAACCGUUAAAGCCAGUCUCCUCCUUAAAGCCUGUUUCAGAAGAUUCAAAUGCACCACCUCCAAGGAGCCCUGGAAGAUCUAAGAAAACAUUUGCCAAGAAGAAAUUUCAGAGAAAUAUUCCUGGCUCCUUUAAAGACGACCCCAGGUUGUACCAAGAAUACAGAGAACGGGGGCUCAGCUCCAACAACCAUGAGUCUGAUGAUGACCUGCUGGAAGAUAACUCCGUCCAGGCUGAACCCCAACCUGAUGAUGCCAUCGUGGUUAAGAACUAUCGCCCUGCUCAGCUUAUCUGGAGCCAGCUUCCAGAGGUACAAGAAGCUGGAAUUCUGGAUAAAAUCUCACCAGAGGAACGCAAGAGACAAGAGGCCAUAUUUGAAAUAAUCACCUCAGAAUAUUCUUACCAGCACAGUCUUGGCAUCCUCUUCCGGCUCUUCAAAAAGUCUGAUGAGCUGAAGCAGACCAUUAAUGGCACAGACCACCAUCAUCUCUUCUCCAACAUUGCAGAUAUCCUUGAACGCAGCAAAAGAUUUUUUGAAGAUCUGGAGAAGCGGCACAAGGAUAAUCCAUACAUCCACGACAUCAGUGACAUUGUGGAGAACUACGCCUUAAACCAUUUCCAGCCAUAUGUCAUCUACUGCUCCAAUGAAGUGUACCAGCAGCGGACUCUGCAGAGGCUGCUAACUACAAAUGUGGCCUUCAAAGAAACGCUGAAGCAGAUUGAGAUGAAGCCGGAAUGUGGAGGUCUCCCUAUGUUCUCCUUCCUGAUCCUUCCCAUGCAGAGAGUUACUCGGCUCCCCCUGCUGAUGGAUACUAUAUGUCAAAAAGUAGAUCCUUAUUCUCCAGAAUAUGAAGCUUGUACUAGAGCACUGAAGGCCAUCAGCAAGUUGGUCAAACAAUGCAAUGAGGGGGCCCGGAAGAUGGAGAGGACGGAGCAGAUGUAUACCUUACAAACACAACUAGAGUUUGGGAAAAUCAAGCCCUUCCCUCUGAUAUCUGCAUCUCGCUGGCUCCUGAAGAGAGGAGAGCUCGUCCUGUUGGAAGAGGCCGGGGUAUUCUGGAAAGGCUUUGGGAGAACCGUCUGCUAUCUCUUCCUAUUUAAUGAUGUUCUUAUAAUAACAAAAAAGAAAAGUGAGGACAGCUACACGGUGACGGACUAUGUGAAGACCAAUGAAUAUGCAGUUGAUAUGAUUGACAAUGAAGACAACCAGAUCCCUGUGUCCUCAAAAACCGGGACCAUUGGCAACCGAAGUCCAACAGGGCUGUUUCUAUUCCAGAUUACAAUGAGGAAGAACAGUGAAGGACGAACGGAGCAAAUUGUGCUGGGAGCGGAAACCCUAAGUGACCGGGCACGAUGGAUUACGGCUCUUGAGGUACAGGAAGAAAAUAAGCGAUACAGCAGAUCCAAGACAGCAGGUUUGCGCCAAGUAGAAAUCACAAAGGCGUAUAUGGCCAAACAAGCCGAUGAAGUCUCCCUCCAGCAAGCCGAUGUUGUUCUGGUCCUCCAGGAGGAAGAUGGUUGGUAUCAGGGGGAGAGGUUGCGAGAUGGAGAAAGGGGAUGGUUUCCUCAGAGUUGUGCCAAGGAAAUCACCAACCAAAUGGCGGUGGAACGUAACGUUAAACGAAUGGAGAGGCUGAGGAUAGAAACGGACGUGUAGAUGAGGCGGGGAUGAGUGGAGCAUUAACACAAACUAUACGGCCGACGUCUCCACACAGCAGAACCGAGACGCCAGCUACCACGGCGGUAUUAUGUUUGCAGGAAUAUUGUUCCGGUUCACGAGACUCAGCUCAGUUUUCAAAUCAAGAAUCCUACAACUUUACCCCCCCAGGACUGGAUGAUGUGGUGCUCACCCGUCUUUCUCUGGUGUCCUCUAUUACUGAUUUCUGGAGUAUAAUUUCUCUUUUUAUCUGAGAUCCACAAUCUUUAUGUAUAUUUUUCAACAGAUCUUUUAAUUUUUCUAGUUUUUGUACUUUAAAAAAAAAAAAAUUUUAAUACAGAAAUGUAAAGAAUUAUCGGUAGCAAUAUUGCCGCAAUCAUUUUGUGCCUUGUAUGGAUCUGUAACAAGGCAGCCAUUGACAGCUGUAGGACGGUAUUCUGUGCCUGGGAUGCGUUUGUAUGAGGCCUAACUUUUGUAUAUAUUUUACAGGGGUUUAACUGAACCACUAUCGAGCGGAUAAGGAUUCUGUGUAGAUGCUGGUAUAUAGGAAUUGUGGCUUUAUUCCAGAGACUCAUGAUUCCCCACUUCUGUUGAGUGAAUAAAAUGAAUAGGAAUUUGCAGCUCUGGGUAGGAUUACUCUAUGGCAGUGAUGGCGAACCUAUGGCACGGGUGCCAGAGGCGGCACUCGGAGCCCUCUCUGUGGGCACCCGCACUCUGGAAAAAUCUAUGGUGUACCAAUCUGCCUUAGACUUCUAAUGUCAGUCAUUAGCGCAGGGCGCACUAUGAACAGCACAGGCAGCGCACUGAAUGUAGGCAGGCUACUAUAGCUGUGAUAAUGUACAUGGAAGAUAUACUAUACUGGACUGUAGUGUUCAGGGUACAUUGCUGUGUUGGCACCAAACCCUCCCAAAUCCUCAAUGAGGGUCUAACCAUGCCACAUAUGACGGUAUAAUGUCUAUGGGCUCAGAGCACUUACGCAAUAGGGAGCAAUGAGAUCAGUUUCGUCAUCUGUGUAGAGGCCACAUGUAAACGAGCUCUAACAUCCUGUUCCAGAUCCAACCUUCUCUGCCGAUUAAUUUCUUAAUAUGUCUCUGCAGGGGAUCCGGAGCGCCAACUGCUAUCUAGCCAUAGAAUUAAAUGUUAAUGUUGUUUGCCUAUAACCACCACUAGGGGGCCAUUAAUGGUUAUGGUUCUUUUUAUUUUAAUUUUUUUUAUUUCAACUGUAUGCAGCUAGCUCCCUCUAGUGGUGGCUUCAUUAUUAGACUGCUUGGUCUGAUUUUGGCCAAUGAUGAUGGAGUUUGUCCAAGGUCCCUGAUUUCAUGAUUUGAACCUUUCCCUCCUUUGUUUAUGUGCAAUUUAAAUUCAAUCUAUGUAUGUAUGUAUGUGAAAUCCCAUCAAUAAACAAUGCAAAUGUAUGUAGAACCAUAUAUGAUGCAUCUAUUGACAUAGCAUUUUAUUGUAGUGGAGCUGGGCGUGCGUAUGCAUGCUCAUGCAUGUAUAAAGGUAGGUACAUGUGUAUCUAUAGCUAUUGCUAUUUGUACAUGUAAAAAAACCUUCUAUUUAUAUUGUAUGUACCUGUGUGUGCAUCUUUGUAUUAAGCUGUGAUUUAUGAUGGCCCCUAACAAGUUUUCCACGGUGCCCUAU